AUGACAAACCAAGCACCUUCUAUUGCAGCUGGUAUAAGAGAAGUUUUCCCAAAUUCUAGACAUCGUCUGUGUACAUGGCAUCUUACGGAGAACUCAAAAACAAAUAUCGGUAAAUUCAGAGUUUUGAAGGAGUUCACUGAUCUUUUUGAUUAUCUGCUCAAGUACUGUGAAACUACUGCUGAAUUCGAACAUUAUUGGCCAAGGAUGAUGAACAAGUACAAUUGUAAUGAUAAUGAUUGGUUAAAUCAUUUGUACUCGAUAAAAGAAAGAUGGUGUCCAGCCUAUUCUAAAGCAUAUUUUUCCGGAGGAGUUUUGAGUUCCCAAAGGAGUGAAACCACAAACCGUUCGAUUUCUCAUAGAUUGAGGAAGACGAAUGGGUUGUGUGAUUUUUACAAGACUUUUCUUGAUGUUGUGGCUGAGUGGAGGAGUAAGGAAAGUAAGCAGGACUUUCGGUUUUUGAGAGGUAAUCGUCAUUUGGCGGUUGCUAAUGUAAGUCUUCUUAUUCAUGCUAGAGAGGUUUAUACAAUUUCGGUUUAUAUUGUCUUUGAAGAUCAAUUUGCAAAAGCUAUUUCUUGUUCUCAAGAGAGAAAGUAUGAAAAUGAUGAGACAAUUAGUUACUUGGUAUGGAGGCCUAAUAAGGAUAUUAUUAGGCAUGAGAUACCCGAAGAAUACAUAGUUAAGAGAUGGACUAAAACCGCGAUGUGUAGUCAUGUGGUUGAUGGAGAUGUUGUUCAAGAGAAUGUGAUUUCUUCUUCUAUUUGGAGAGCUCAUAUGUUAAGAAAGUUUAUUCAACUUGUUACAUCUUGCCAAGAUCACCUUGAAGCACGAGUUGAAAUUGAAUAUACAUUUGAAAUGUUAAGGGAGAAGGUUGAGAGUGUUAGAGGGCCAAUUGAUUUUGAUGAGGAAGAAGAGGUUCAAGAGGUUGAAAAUGAUGCACAACCUAUUCAAAAUCCGAAAGUAAUUAGGAAAAAGGGUGAAAGGAAUGAUAGGCCAAAGAGCACUAUUGAAAAAGCUUGUAAUAAGGCCAAGGGGUGGAAGAAAAAAGUAGAUAAAUACAAGGAUGAAGUUAAAGCUACUGUUCAAAAGGUUUUUCAGGUUUUAGAUGAUGAUGGUGAUCCUUUGACUUAUUCACACCCAACAACAAAAGAUUCAAGUCUUAAUGUCCUUCCAAAACAAAUGAAUGGGCAAUCAUCAAUGGGUAAUGGACGACAACCCUCAAAGAAAAACACUAAUACGAGUAAACCUUCUUCAUCAAGUCAAUUUGGAUAUCAAGCUAAAAAAGGAAGUUUUCAUUAUGAGAACAACAAAUGGUAUCAGUAUUUUGAUGUUGGGCGCAAUGCUACAAAUGAAGGGAGUGAAGUUGGUGGAUCUUCAAAUGUUUCACAAUAUAAUGAAAUGUUAUCCAUGUUUGAUAAGACAAUCAAUGUUUAG